GAUCUGCUCUGACACUGGAUCCAAGAUUGUGAGGGAGAGAGUGUGCGCUAGGUGCUGCGCAAGUCACCGUUCCCGCCCGUACCCUGCCGUAGGACACACGCUGGACGUAGUCGGUAAUGGCGGUCGAACCGUAGCUACACGAGCAGAGACAUCUGUCCUGCCAUUAACAUCGCCGGUGAAGGCACCUGCUGUGCCGGGGAGUGCACUUUCACGGUAGAAACACUCGCACCAUCACCCGAGUCAAAAAGAGAAAAACAAAAGAAAAUUGCCAUCAAGUAAAUAUUAUUGGCAUAAAUAGCUGUAGACUCGCUGUCUGGGCGCAUGCUAUGUUGCCAGACCGCCGGGAGUCCCAUUGUUUUGUCGUUUGUCUGCCUACCCACCAGCCAAUCGUCCAGUUUUGUAGGCCACUGUCCUGCCGCAUCAUCUUUUACGACGCGCUUUUUUCCCUUUUGCAGCUGAAGACGACGGUUAAGAGGCUUACUGAGGAGGUGGCUGAUCUGAACCGAAAGCACCGAGAGCCGGCCGGAGAGGUGAGUGCUUCUGAAGUUGUUUUUUUUUGCCAGUGUCAGUUUUGUGUCCGUCGCUGGUCGCCGCCGCCGCCGCCGCCACGUGACGUGUGUGUGUGUACAUGUUUUGGGAUUCAAAGGUCUGUAAGCGUCUGAUAUGUCAGGCUCAGCAAAUGAUGGUCCCCGCAGCCUGAUAUGCGGUGACAGUUCUCGGACACCUGAUUUCAUGCCGGUAGAUGCGCCUGCGCUACCGCUGGGUAUAGAGGUCGUGAGAACGGCCGUCCAGUCAUCAUCCUCAUCGUCCUUCUGACGCGUUGUGGUGGUGUUGUUGUUGGUUAAAACCCUGGAGCAGGAGAUGUGGAGCGGAACGCGAAGCUGCGGGUUCGACCGUGCCAUCCGCCUGCGCCUUCACCCGCCGCCAGUCUUCUUGACUGUGUCAUGACACCGGGACCGAUGAUAAUAGGGUUUUGCAGGUAGAACCGGGAGGAGGAGGGAGUGCGAUAGGUGCUGCGCAAGCCUACGCUUACUGUUAACUAACUCGCGCGCAAGUCAAUGUGUCUGCCCUACCUUGCUGUGGAGCACACAGUGGACAUCGUCGGGCACGACAGUCGAAUUGUCAUGUGUUGGGAUUCGUCUGUGCAGACUUCCCUGGCAGCGCGCCGCCCCAUGAACAGCUGUGGGCGCCUCUCGUGGUAGUUUUUUUGUACUUUGUCUACUAAUUGGCAACGUACUUAUUUUUAAUUUGAGCGGGGAGGAGGACUCUGGCAGCCACGAGUGUUCUAGUCGUUGACCCUGACUGCGCAGCCGUCCAGUUUACGAUCCAUAAUUGUAUCCGGGGAAAAAGGCAGCACGAAUGUCUGUAUCAGUACCGUCCGACGGCGUUAGCGGAUUUUUAACGGGAGUUUUAGGAACAAAAUCUGUGUUACUCUCAGACCGUAGCCACCCACACUUCCAUGGGAGAGAGUCACCCAGCAGCAGCCUCCCCCGCGUUCUUGUCGCUUCACUCUGUUUUUUUUUCGAAAAGACACUGAUUCGCAGUUCAGACUGGUUGCAGUUCCCUGGCACCAGCCCUCUCUCCUUUUACUUAUUUUCCACCAUCAGGACACGCUGUUAUCGGUCAUGCUGUGUGAUGACAUGGUGAUGUCACUGAGUGCGCACAUCCGAGAGGUGAGUGUCUUCUUGACCAUCGUCAUACGUGUAUGUGGCAUCCGUUGGACGCAGGCUUGUGCAACGUGAGUCACUGCGCUCAAUCUCUUCACCAAUCAGCCGACAGGACAUUGCUACACAAGUACAAGCGAGACCGGUACCGAAGUCACCCCUGUUCUGACCCAUCAACCUACUCCUCGCCAACAAAGCUGACUGACGCGUUAGAGAUGGUGACUUUGAUAGUCUUCAGCUAGUGGGAUAACUCGAGGCUAGAUCGCAGUUGGUAGCCAGGAAUGGGGAAGCGGACGGCGACCUUAACCCUUAUCCUAACCUCAACCUUAAACGUUAACCGUUAACCCUAACGGCAACCCUAACCCUAACCGAAAUCGUAAACGGGACCGUAGCCCUUAGACAUAGCCGUAACUGAAAAACCUAACUGUAAUACUGUAACCUAAUCGUAUUCUCAAACCCUAACCGUAACCCGAAAACCUAAGUCCAAAUGCAUAACUCUAACCCAAAAAUCGGGAACAAUUAACCGGUGCCGUAAUCCUAACCUCUCAAACGGUAAACGGAAGCCAAAUGGGUCAGAUGUGAUUAUGGAGCCCCACAAAAUAGCCACAAUAAGCAAACCCCCCAGGCACAUGUUGUAAUACAGGGCCUGGCUACCAACUGCGAUCUAGCCUAACUCGACCCUACCAUCAGGGAAGCAGGUUGGACGGAAAUAGCCUCAAGCAAUGUGAUACCCGAGACCUCAUUCACGCGCAGUUCACCACUGCGCCGCCGCCGCUCCCCCCGAGGGGGCAGGGAUGUGGCAGGCGAACUGUAAUUGGAGUCUGGUGCUGCUGAUAUAUGCGACUACUUGCGUUCUUCAGCGAGGGCUGGUAGAUCAUCCUGACUAUAGCUAAUAGUUUGAACCGACGCGGUUCGUGGCCGGGUCACUCAUUUAGUGAGGGCGUAAAUGACCGCGAGUUUUCCCUGUCAGUCGUCUAGAGGUGUGAUCGCGUUACGAACCCUGGACACUCUGGGCAGGACUACUCGUAGCGGUUAAUAUCAGCUGAUCAUGUCACCCGUGCCCUAUGUCCAUUUAGCGCUGUAUACACCCAUAUCUAUACAUUCUGGUGACUCUGAUGCUUAUCUCCGUCGCUGCCUGGGCCGACGUCUGCCUGACGCAACGUUUAGAAGUUUGUUCUCGCUUACACGCGCCAUGUUGAGGAACUAAUGGAAUUCGCAUACUCUCCACGCACGCUCAGCCGCGUUCGUCUAAGGGAUGUCAGGGGCGAGACACCAAGUAGGCUCAGACCACCCCGCUGAUACACCACAAUCGCCUGUUUUUUUCAAUUGACUGCUAAUUACCGCUCUGUUUGCACCAUUUCUGCUUAACCAUGUUCCUUUAUUAUCCCCCCCUCCCCCUCCCCCCGGUAGGUCUUAGAGAACGGGAACUGCGCCGAUGACGAAGAGCAUGUGGAGAAUGGCCAUUGUGCUGCUGCGCCGAGCCAACCAAUUAACGGCGGUGAUUUUCAAUGA